GGUGGCUCCGCGUUCUCCCGGAGGCGCGCCCCAGCCGCCGCCAACAUGGCCGAGACAAGUGAGGAGGUGGCGGUGCUGGUGCAGCGGGUGGUGAAGGACAUCACCAACGCCUUCAGGAGGAACCCGCACAUAGAUGAAAUUGGACUGAUCCCAUGUCCUGAAGCUCGGUAUAACCGGAGUCCCAUAGUCCUGGUUGAAAACAAACUUGGUGUGGAGAGCUGGUGUGUCAAGUUCCUUUUACCAUAUGUCCACAACAAGCUCCUUCUAUACAGAAUGAGAAAGCAGUGGCUGAACAAAGAUGAAUUGAUAGAUGUCACAUGCACCCUGCUGCUUCUAAACCCAGACUUUACCACUGCAUGGAACGUGAGGAAAGAGCUGAUCCUCUCUGGCACUUUAAAUCCAAUUAAGGACUUACAUUUGGGAAAACUGGCCUUAACCAAGUUUCCGAAAAGUCCAGAAACGUGGAUUCACAGGCGAUGGGUGCUGCAACAGCUAAUUCAGGAAACCUCCUUGCCUUCCUUUGUGACCAAAGGAAACUUGGGAACAAUUCCUGCAGAAAGAACACAGCGACUAAUACAAGAAGAGAUGGAGGUCUGUGGUGAAGCUGCGGGGAGAUACCCAAGCAACUAUAAUGCCUGGUCCCAUCGGAUCUGGGUUUUACAACACCUGGCCAAGUUAGACGUCAAGGAAUAUAAAUUAUACCACCUUCCUAGAGGACACAUUGACAGCAUAUAUCAGGAGCCUCACAGAGUUUUUCUCUUUGUCGCAAUUCUUCUUGAUGAACUAUCUUCUACUAAGCAUUGGGCAUCCAUGCAUGUUUCAGACCACAGCGGAUUUCACUACCGCCAGUUUUUGAUAAAGUCUUUGAUUAGCCAAACUGUGAUAGACAUUUCUGUAUUGGAGCAAAACCCUUUGAGGAGUGAGCCAGCCCUGGUUCUUCCAAAAGGUGAAGAAGCAGCAGCUUCAACAGAGGAACCAAGGAUUAAUCUUCCCCAUCUUCUAGAAGAAGAAGUUGAAUUCACCACUGAUCUCAUUGAUACCUACCCAGGACAUGAAACUCUAUGGUGUCAUAGGAGGCAUGUCUUCUACCUUCAGCAUCAUUUAAAUGGGAGAUUUUCUCAUAGCAUGACCCAGUUGUCACCUACAGACAGCCCUGGGGGGACUUUGAGUGACUUGCACCUCAUCCCAGCAGGCCCCUGCACGUCUCAGGCGAUGGAGGUGGAUGGACUAAAUGACUCUAGCAAGCAAGGCUAUUCCCAGGAAACCAAACGCCUGAAGCGGACCCCAGCUCCAGACUCCCUAGGCCUAGAAAUGGAGCACAGGUUCAUUGAUCAAGUAUUGUCCACCUGCCGGAAUGUAGAGCAAGCCAGGUUUGCCAAUGCAUAUAGGAAAUGGCUGGUUACUUUGAGUCAAUGAAAGAAGUGGAUGAGUCCUGCAAGGUUCCCCUUUUAGUGCAAUAUUACUUACAUAGUUGCAUGGACUGUUUGCUAUUAUUGGCUAAACAUAUGUUCUUCAUAUUUAGUUUAAAAAUCCUUAGUAACUCUUUCAUUUAAUUUAUUUUGUUAAGAACUGGCAUUCCCUUUGGGGAUAAAAUAAUUGCAUAGUUCCUUCCUGCUGAACAAUGAGUCUUAAAUUUUUUCUUUUUAAUUGUUCAUCCUUUAUAUUUCUACAUGUAGGGCUUCUUCUUUUUUGCUUCUCCUUAUUGGUUCAUACACACUCCCACCUCAGUGCAACUGCUGCAUAGGCUAAUUUUUUAAAAAUUAAAAAUUUAUAUUGCAGUUUAGCUUAAGAUUAACACAAAUGCAAAAUGACUUGAUCUAAUUGUUUUGAGAAACAAACGACUAGAUGGACAGAUAUGUGAAAAUACAAAUCAUUUCUCUUUCUCUAACAUUGUUCUACUCAAGUUGUAGACUAACAUAACCAAAGUCAGAAGUAUUGGGAUUUAUAUGAAAAACAUGCUUCCGUUGUAAUCUGUUUUUAAAAUGGUUAUUUAGGAAAAAAACAACAACUAAUUUUAAGAGUUUAUGUAAUUACAGUACUGGAAAAUUAUUUUUAUUACUAGUUUUGAUAGGUUAUUUUUACCUCAAAUUUGAUAUAUGCCAAAAACACUCAAGUCAGCCCUAUAAAAUCAAUUUUUUUUCCUAAAAACCUGGAAUGCCAUUUUAGUUAUUACUACUUUGCUUUUUUCCUUCCAAAUUCGCUGAUAAAAAAAUGAGAGAAAUAUACAUAGAAAUACAUCCAUAAAAUCUUCCUUUUUAAAAAUAUAUUUAAGUUAUUGAGGGUACACUGGAUAAACUACAAAAUUUUUGUGAAGUGACUAUUAAAAGUUUACUGGCAAAAGCCAGGAGGAAAGAGUAGUUUUAAAGAUUAGUUCUUUAAUCUUUAUUUUAAAAAUAAAAACAAAAAAUCUUUGAUACUGAACUUAUCAGGGAUGAGGUACCAAAGUAUCUACCUUAUAGCUGUAUCUUAUCUUUUUAAUAACAAGGGCUGGGAUUUUCAGGUUGGUGAUAACAGGGGUGGGAAAAGGGCCGGGUAAUGUCUGCUUUCUUUAAUGUAUUUACCUCUUUGUAAACGCUGUGUUUCUUCCUUCCCACAUACCUUUUUCCUUAUUUUCCCAAUUUGUUCCAUAUUUUUCGUCAGUUUCACUUUUGUAUUUUUCCUUAUCUGUCUUAUUUCAGGGAUGUGUACUAAAGAUAUUCUCAUCUCUGUCCUAUUUGCAAUGAAUUUCAUACCCCAUUAAAACACGCACACAGGAAAUAGGAAAUAGAGCUGCCCCUCUAAAAGUUCCCAUAAUGGUAGAAGCUGUUUGUUGCCCUAUAAAUGUGCCGAACAUGAGUAAUAAUGGCAGAAACAAGUGUGACCACCACUUUUGCCUUUUGUCCUUUUUACUUGCUAGGUCACCUGUAAGGUGGGGAAAAAUGUGUAAGGAAGGACAUACCUCUCCUAUCUCACUAUUUUAGAAACCUUGGACUUGACCUAGGUUCAUUGCCUUAAGGGGAAAAGAGAUGGGUCCUUUACUUGGGCAUCAUGAUUUUGUUGAGUGGCAGACUAUUGAACCGAGUAAGCCUUAAGGACCCCAGAAAAAUUGUCCUGCUUGGCCCCAAUAGACAGAAGCUGCUCCUCUCUCUGGGCAUAAAAAAAAUACAGCUUUUAUCACACUUAGGUGAGAAAAUAAUUGCCAUUGCAAACAUAAUUCCAUGACCCUUAUGUACAAAGCAUAUUUUGACUAGAUGUUCAUGAAUCAAAUACCUCAGGGUCUAUCUAGACCUCUAUGGAUCAAACCAUUCGCUUACAGUUUUUAGCUUCUGUGGAGGGGAGGGGAAGCAACAACACAGAGAAAACAUAGGAGACUCAGCCCAUUUCACUAAUACAUGUUACCAAACUCUGGCCUCAUUCAGUAUUACCUUUUUCUAAGCAUCAUUUUAAAUAUCCCAGCUUAUAAGGCUUCUUAACUUUUUGAUGUGAGAGAGCAUCAGGGAAUGAGUAUAGAUAAUACCCUAUGAAACAUCGGCUAAAUUUUUACAAUGCUUCAUGCUCUCAGUAUCUUUUUAUACCUUUCCAGAGUAUGUUGGCCAUCUUUGGUGUUGACUCUCUUCAUGUGUUUUAAGGCUCUUAACCUACCCCUUUCUGAAGCCAUUCAGUCCUUUAAUGUAUCUUGAUCACUUGUCUUCCUAAUAAGGUUUUAAGGAGUUAGUGAAAAUACAAAUAUCCAAAAGGAUACUGCUUUGUAUGUUAUUUUUGUGUGCCAUUUUAUUUCUAAAAUUUGCAUUUUCAAGUGUUCAUUAACAGAAAAAUGUAAUAUUGCCCUAUAUGGUUGUGUUUUUUUCCCUAAAUGGUCUACAUUUAAACUCACUAGUUAUAGCUUGAUAUCCCUUUGACUGAAUGAAUUCAUGCAAUAGAAAGGAUGUGUCUUAUUUUCAGGGGCUUGUUAGUCUUUUUUUCUUUUCAUAAAUAUCUAGUUGCUAAAAUGGAAGAGAUAGUUUAGAUUGACAAACAUUUCAUUAAACUUUCACUGGAACAAUAGUAAGUCAUCAUACCAUCCUGUGGAUUAAGAAUACUACUGACAAGCAAAAAGCAAUAAGAUUUGUAAAUAUCCAUUCUCCUUCUCCCCUUUUUUUUAAUUAUACCUAUUUUAGUAAUACAGUGUUUCCAGAUUCUACUGUGUGCCUUGCACAUGAUAAGGACUCAUUAAAUAUUUAUUAAAUUAAUGAAUGAUUAACUGUUUGAAGAAGGGAAAUACUGAUCAUGUGUGAUGGAUGGAGUGCGUGGAUGACUAAGAAAUUGAUGGAAUAUUGCAAUGGAUUGUGAGUGAAUGAUGCAUUCCAGUUACAUGAUACUUAGAGGGAACUAUUGCAUAUAGAAUAAGUUAAUUUAGAUUUUUUCCUUCAUGUCGUUGCCUUGUUUAAAUUUGUUUAAAUCCCAACCAAGAAAUGCAGUUCUAUAAUUGUUAAUUAACUGUACUUUAAUAUAUAUUAAAAAUUCAUCAAACUUCAUAAAACGAAUGCAUUUGCAUUAAGAACACUAUGGUUCAUUUAUGUCAGAGGACAUAUCUUGCCAACAGAGCCUCUCAGGCAUCUGGAGAAAUCCUUUGAUUUCACCGACUUGUAGAUCUGUAUCUCUGUACAUGGAUAGUCAUUUUAUGCUUCUCUUUUGUUUCCGCCAACUUGAACUGUGGACCUUUCAGAUACUUCUUAAACCUGUGUGAGACACUUUUUAAGCCUAAGGAUUUGAUACCUUUCUGUGUUUGCUUUUUCUUUUCUAGGUUUUAGCAUUUCAUUACCUCUUUAGAAGCUCUGGGCCCAGACUUUCAGUCAUAUUUCUUAUUCCUAUGGUACAGUUCUAAUUUAAAUUAAAGGGUUCAUUAAUUUCUAAAAGGAUUAAAUGUGUACAGGUUGCCACUAAAAAGCUGCUUGAAUCUUCAAAUUAAGGCUUAUUGGAUGAAAGAUGUAGAAACUAAAGUUCUUGGAUUUUUAUGUGGUAGCUGGUAGGAAAGCAUAUAUAGUAGACUUUGUGUGAUUUUGAUAUGUUCCGAUCAUGCCAGUUCAUGCUUGUUGAUUCUCGUGUUUGUUUGUGUGUGUGUGUGUGUAUGGGAAGAGAGAACUUUUAAUAUUGUUGCAAACAAAUUGUCAGUCUAAUAAUUUUACAUAGCACAAGAUGGUAUCUGACAUGGGCUAAAUACAGUUUAGGAAUGCAACUAAAUAUAAUUUAGGAGUGCAAUUACCACGGUCUAAUCUCUGUACCUUAACUAACCCAUUGCCAUCAAGUUGAUUCGGACUCAUAGCAGCCCUAUAGGACAAGGUAGAACUGCCCCAUAGGGUUUCCAAGGCUGUAAUCUUUAUGGAAGCAGAUUGCCACAUCUUUCUCCCAUGGAGAGGCUGGUGGGUUAGAAGUGCUGACCUUUCAUUCGCAGCCAAGCACUUUAACCACUGUGCCACUAGGGCUCCUCUCUGUACCUUAGUUCCCCUGAAUUAUAAAAGAUGCUAAAGGUUUAGUUAUAAAAGGAAGUAACAUAUGAUCUUUUUUUGUAAGAGGGUGUAAGUUUAGUUAUUUUGUUACUAGAAAAUUAUAUUUAAAAAUAGAAAAUUUGAACAACAUUGUAACAACUGACCCUUUUGUCUUGAAUGAAUUUCUCAAGGGGAACUACUGUGCAAACCCAGCACUUUACAGUGCAGCCGCCUCCCCAUGCCUGAGUGUGCUCUGUUAUGCUCCUGUUUAAUGGAGAAGUAUGUGGAGGCACAGGGAAGCUUAGGCAAAUUCAGUGUCAUGAAGGCAAUGUGCAGGAAAAACCAGACCCUGAGAAUUCUACUUACCUUUACACAGUGUCUUUUAACAAAUUAUUAUAUGUACUGUGUUAAUUUGAGUGCCUUUCUUUCUUACUUCUUUUGGAGCAAGAUUAUAUAUAAAUCUAAUGUUGAGGCAUAAAACAGAAUACUUUUGCUAAAUAGGCAGAAACAAAUCAUUGGAAAUUUUGUCAAACAGUUGAUGGUGAGACUCACUAUUUUAUUUAUUCCUCUUGCUAGGCAUGUGUUGGUCCCAUGGAGUAUUUUCUCCUUUAAUGAUACAGAUAUGAGCAGGUACAAUGCUUUGGUUUGCAUUUCAUUAAUUAUCAUUUUUAAGCUGCGUACCAAGAAGAAUUUUUUUUUUUUUUCCCAUGACAACUAAUUUUGAGGGGGUUGGAGACAUCCCAUUUAGAGGGCAGUGUGUGUGUAAUUACAGAUCAGCCUAAAGCCUGUGUAGCCUCAAAGGAGAACGGUGGCACUCUGCCCUCAAAGAAAGGCCAGUUGUCCUAGUGAGUCCUUGUCUCAGUUUAAGGAGCUUCCUUCUGUCCCAGAUUCAGGCCUAGUGCAAGACAGUUGAAAGGAAGAAAAAUGAGACUUUGUCCUUUCAAAUAUUGGAGGAAAAGAAGGAUAUACUGAAAUAGAAUUUUAAAUGUGGCCUUUUAUGUGUAGUGAGGGGAGGGAUAGGAAUUCCAUAUUCCAAGAUAGCAAAUAAUUUUUAAUUGUAAUUUCAUAAAAACAUAUAGCUAAAGAUUCCAAAGUGCUUUACGGAGAACUAUUGAAUAAUACGUUCCUUAAGGGCAACAAUAUGUCGUGCAGAGUGGGGACCGAAACCCAGUGUGUCACUUGCAGAUUUGGCGGCCUCAUGCUCCCAACUCUGACUUCUCUGCUCUCACCAGGCCAUGCUAACACUGUAAAACCAAAUUCUUGGCUUAAAAAAUACAGAGCAGUAGCAUAGCCUGCUGAUGAAACCUCAUGCUUCCAAGAAUAUUAGCUAUAUAUAGUUUGUGCUUUCUGGAUAAUAAUAUGGUCCACAGAGCUAACCCUGGCAUUUCUUUUAUUAGUCUGUCAUUAUUCCUCAGGGUGUAGAAGAUUUAGUAAAUUUAGGACAAAAAUUUUAUAUUCAUUAGCAAAAAUAUGCUAAAUAUAUUAUAGUUCUUAAAAUUUUAGUACAGAUAGUAUUUUUUAUAAACCACUACCAGUGCAGUAGCUAGUAGACUGCUCUGUUGCUGCCUCAUCAUAUCACUGCUUCUGUCUCUGCAGCUCUGCUAUGAUGUUCUCUAAUAUUUGUCUUCUAUAGAAAUGAUUAUCUCUAAUAUGUGUCUUCUGUGGAAAUGAUUAUAUUCCAUGUUUUGGCAGGGUAGGGGGUGGGGUGAUUGUAUUUUUGUUUUAGUUGUCAUCAAUCUCAAUUUUGUGAAAUCCUGUUGAGGAAAAUGCAUACUGUUGUUUUUCAAACUGACAGCUGUUUUGCUUCCUAACAUUUCAGUUUCCCUGAGAGAGAGUGCUUUAUGUGCAGACCCUGUGCAUUUGCAACACCUUGCAUAAUGCCUUGCACUUUGUAGGAAUUCACUAAGUCAGAGUAUUUAAACUAGAAAGUUAAAACUAGCUUAUCUCUGUCUUAUCACCAGUGGCCACACAUUAGUAGCUUUGGGAGAAAUAAAACAUUUUACAUAAAAUACAUAGUAAAUGAAGUUCAAAUGUGUAAGGCAUAAAUAUAACUAUACAACAUUGUAAGUGAAACUUAGAUACUUUUAGGGCGUGUCUGUGUGUAUGUAUAUAUGAAUAUAUGUAUAUAUACACAUUUAAAUGAGAUUUGGAGCUUGGAUUUAUAUAUUGGUUCUGCAAAGAGUUUUAUCCAAAGGGUUAUUUUUCUGUUUGUUAAAAUGCUCCUAUUUAAGGCAGUUUUCUUUAUUAGACCAACGCCCUCCAGCAAAGCUGGCAACCUAACACAAGUGCCCGUGUGCCUGAAUUAAUCAGACAUUUGUGUAAACUGCUUAUAUUCAGUCUUUGGUGAUUUAUGAAUCAUGACUUUCUGGGUUUUCUUCCAUACCUUUAGGGAAUCAGCCUUCAUUUUAUGUAUGGCAGUCCCUUUCCUCAGAGUACUAUGCAGCAUACUUCGGAAUGCUUAUUUAUCUUUAUAAAGUGAUGGAUAAUAAAUUCGAUGUUUUUUUUUUUCAAUAUCGUAGGGAUGUAUACCUUCACAUGUCCAAAUGUUGAAUCAUAUAGCAUUCUAUUAGAAAUACUCAUAUAUUUUCCUUCCUCACAAUGUCAUCUUGUAUUUGGAGCAGGUACUUUUUUCUUACUGGUUAACUGGUGAGUUUAGAGUGAGUGCAAUCAUAGUAGGUGCUCAAUAAAUAGUUGACAAUUACUCAAACAUCACAACUAACAGUGAGCUUUCAGAAAGGAGACUGUUACCACUUUUUCAUGAGGAGUAUAUUUGAUAGAGUAAUAUAUGUUUUAAAAUUGAAAAAUUAUAUCAUUUGACAUGAUUACUAGGCUUAUUUAGGGUGGAGUUAGUAAUGUAAUAAGAAUAUUUAUGUAGAACAUGGUCUUGAAGGUAGGACAUGUGAAAAGUUUAAGUAGUAUCCUCUUGUGCAAUGCACAUUAGUGAUUAAAUGUCUUAAUAAAUAGGUUGCUGAGCUCUAGAAAAAACUACUGUAAUCUUUAGCAGUCAGUUUUUGUAUUGGUAUCCAAUGUUACCUGGUUCAGGUUCUGUUUAUUUCUCCUUAAAUCUUGGUUGCUUUCCAGCGUCUUAAAAGUGAUAAUGAUAAAAUGUGAAGUUACUUUAAACAACUUUUACUUAUUCGUUUCCUCAGAACAUCUUUAAAAUGAGAGGGACAUUUUAUAAGUGAUAGAGUAGCUUCAGAAUCUGUUGAUUUGUGGCUUUCAGACUUUUUUUUAGCGCUUACCUGAUGUAAAAAGAUAAAAACAGUUUUAAAAAACAUUCCAACCUGAGCUGGGAGCCCACUGUGUGUGGUGUAAGUGUAGCUAGACAUUGCCUCCUGGAGAGGUUCUCGAUGCAUGACUGUGAUGAUGGCUUCUGAGGGAGGUGACCACUGCCGGUAUUGUGUUUUGGUAUUUGUUGUUCCUAAGACAAUAACACAGUGCACGCUAGAUUAAUUUACUGUUUUUGAGUUGGAAAAAGUAAAAGAUUAGGUAUUAAAAGUAUGCCAAGUAAUACAAAUGCUUUAAAAAAGGAGAGAAGGGGGGAAAAAGAUAAAAGGUCGUUGCUCUUUUUUUUUUUAAUAGCUUCUAAAAUUGAUAUUUUUUAAAAAAAAGUAAGAUUCUAGGACACUAGUUGGUAGCUUAGUUUAACACUGAGGGGCUUUAAUUUAAUGGAUCGUUGUCAGAUACUAUAUUCUGCUAUUUGAAUUCACCAUAUGUGUGAAUUUUACAUUGCUUAAAGAUUUUCCAAAACAUGGAAUGUUUAGGUAAGUUACGUUCAUUGUUGUUUUUAAGAUUUUCUUAUAGUUUGUUUAAAUGGACAACUUACAUAUAGGAUCUAUGGUGCAAGGUCAGAUUCUGGGCAUUAAAGAUAAGUUUGGCUAACUUAUUUUACUGAGGAUACUAAUUAUCUUCACUCUGAUGGCCCUGCUGUUUUUCUUAAACUAUUUCCCCCAACAUUGCUGUCUGCAUUGACGUUCCUUUAGCUCUCACUGUAUAUUAGUUGACUUUUUUUUAAGGAUUAAAUAUUUUGUGUGAAUUCUUCUUACAUUUCAAAUGUAGAGGGAUAAAAAUAAAUUUUGAAAUAAGGUGUGUGCAGAGUGUACUUACGGUGUUCUGAGAGUUGGUACUCCAGAGUGCUUGAAGUAGGGUGCUAAAUUCUAAAGCUAGCAUAAUGACUAUAGGUUAUCUAGAGCAGUGCUGUCCAGUAGAAAUAUAAUAUGACCCACAUAAGUAGUUUUUAAUUUUCUAGUAGCCACAUUUAAGAGUAAAAGAAACGGGGGGAAAUUAACUUUACUAUAUCUUAUUUAACCCAGUGUAUUAAAAAUACUAUCAUUUUAACAUGUAAUCAAUAUAAAAAAUUAUUAAUGAGAUAUUUUAUUCUUUUUUUUUUUUUUCUAUACUAAAUCUUCAAAAUGCAGUGUGUAUUUUGCAUUUACACCACAUCCCAGUUCUGACUGGCCACAUUUCAAGUGCUCAAUAGCCACAUGCAGCUAAGGGCUACCGAAUUGGACAGUGCAGAUUCAUAGGGUACAAAGUAUGAUUUUUUUUUUUUUUAAUGGGAGUUGGUGAGGUAGGCAUGAAAGUAUGGUACUUAUAAAAAUUACUUAGAAUAUUUAGAAAAGUGUCUAAUAGGAUUGCCCAGUCCAGUUUUCCUUUGGCUUCGUUUUAAAUUUGCUCUAGAAGUAGGAUCAACCUGUAACAAUUCGCCAAGCAUUAUUUAAGGAGGAAGUAAUUCCAUGCCAUGUAAAAUACCAUGAUACCUUGAUUAUAAAAACACAUUAUUAGCACAUUUUUUUCAAUUAUGUUCACUAAAUUCUGUUCUUUUUCUUCAGAAUAAUAACUUAAAUUGCAUGUUAAUUGUAUAUCUGUACCUAUUUUGUUUUUAUAUUAUUCUUAUAAUACAAUAAUGUGUAUCAACAAACAGCCCUAGAACUCUAAUCUUCCUAUGCAGCUGUCUUCCAGUACUUACUGGUACAGUUAUUAAGUUGUGAUAAGUUGCAGAAAAGUAUAAUGAACCAUUCUUUUUUCCAUUAGAUUUGUUUUAUCAUGUGACCAUGUAACAAGCCAACUAUAAAUUAUUGUAUUUCUGUAGAAUAUGGAAAAUAGUGUUUCUGUCUUACCUUUGCUAAUGUUUGCAAUUUCUAAAAUGAAUGUUAAGUGUGAUUUUAUUUUUACUCAUGUUACUGUUUUAAACUCAGCCCCAGUCUGCCAUGCUGUCCAGUUUAAUUGCUGUAUUGGUGGUAGGGGGGGUGGAGGUGGAAACUAAUGUCCAAGAAAAACUAAUAAUUGGAUUACCUGCAGUUGUAUAAAGAAUAAAAAAUGUGACUGUUCCUAGGAUAUACAAGAAAUAUCUUACAAAUGAUCAUCAAAAAGAAAUCAGAGAAAUUGUCAUAGUUGUCUUUAAAGUACAUUCAGGGUGACUAAUUGCCUUAGAAAGUCUUCAUGAGUAGAUGUGCUUUUCCCAUAUAUUUCAAAUGAAGAUGUAGAACAGUGAAUUACUCAGUUAUUUCAGUGUUGUAUCACACGUUUUCUCAAUCCUAAGUCUCCUUUCUGUGUGCAAUAAGCCAGAUACAGCAUUCUGAGUUACUUAAACGAUUUAGUAGAAUAGACUCUGAAAAGUAUUUGAUAAAGUGGAUUCUUCUGCUACUAAUAUUUUAAAGAUUUCAAAUGGUGUUUUGUGGGAGAGACCUUUAAAACUUUGUUCAAUGACUAUUUUAUGAUUAUAUUUUAAAGAAAGCACUGCUAUAACCUAUGUCUGUUUUUGCUAGGAAACAGGAAAUAGAAUUUAGUUUCAUCAUACUAAAGUACCACAAAUGAUAUUUAAAACCAGUGUUGACUAAUGAAGGGAGCUAGCUUUCUAUAGGCAGUUUUGAUUGAAUAAGUAAGCAAAUUAUGUAACAGGUUUGAAAACAAUUGAUAUUAAUAUUAGCAAAGUGAUUUCCUGGGAUAGUGCUUAAUUGGAUGCUUCUUGAAAUGAAAGAUUAAUAACAAAAGACGCAGGGUAAUCCACUAGCCAGUUAAAUGUAUUAAUGUGAUAAACCUUGUGUCAUUUGUCUACAUUUAGUAGAUAAUCACCACUUUUCUUGUGUUAGAAGCUGAAAUUUUUGCUUUUGGGACUCAAGAUUUAAAAAAGAAAAAAACAGUUUUUUUUAAAAAAGAAAUUUGAUGUCAUGGAUCAUCUGCUACUCACUCACUCAAAAAUGGCCAGAUUGAGCAUCAACUUUAUUUAAAAUAACAAGUUAGCGUGGGCCCUUUUCCUGUGAGAGGUGCAGUAUCAUUAUGUGUGUCCUGUGCUGCAGUAUGGGCAACAUUUUGUUCUCUUGAGCAUGGGGUUGCCAUGAGUCAGAGCUGACUCGACAGCAGCUAACAACAUCCCUCACACGUCAACGCUUACAAAAGGGUUUAAAUUUGACUGACUCAGGAGGUUAGAAAUUAAAUGAUAAGAUUUCUUUGGAGAGAAUUGCACCCCCUAGUGGAGGAAGGGUAAAGGUAAUUUCCCCCUCACCUUAAGCCUACUGAGAGGUUUCAAGAAGUCCUCUCUUAAAGCUUUGUUCUGUUGUGUGUGGGGUUGCCAUGAGUCAGGGACCCACUCGAUGGCAGUUAACAACAGUAGUUCAUGUAACCAAUUCCCUGUUGAUAGUCAUUUAGGUUACCAACUUAUUAUUAUCAGCAGUGCUACAUUGAACGUAUACAUGUCUUUGUGUACUUGUACAACUCAAAAAUGUCUGAAAUGUUUGAAUAUUUUACAAUAAACACAUCAGUUACUCUUGA